ACUCAUUCCAAAGAUAUUCAUAACACGGUGCCAAGAUGUCCAGUUUCUUUCAGCUCUAUUAGACGCAUAACCAUCCGCCAAACUGGAUUUUGGGCCCUACAAAGAGUAAGGAAAGGAAGAAGAUUCUGCUACAAUCAUUGCCGAUCUUGACAUUGAGCGUCAACAUGAGUGUCUUCCUGCCUCUAAGAUGACACCAUUGGGCCACCGUUAUGACAUCAUGGGCAUCCAAAAUCAUGGUAUAAAUGAACUUGGAAUCGUUGGUCAGAUCAUCAGUUCCUUUCUGAGCAAACCAUCAUAUCCAUUCAAAUCCAACAUGUUCUCCCGCUGUGCCGUCUUGGUCCUUUGCACCUCCUUCGCCGGAUAUCUGGCCAUGCCUCAGGUUUAUCCCGAUGGUCAGAGUCCCAACAAUCAGGCCUUCAACCUGCCCGCCGAUGCCGAGACCUUGUUGGCUCAGCCUUUGGCCUUGGACUUCACUUGCGAGGCUCGGAACUACGGUUAUUAUGCGGAUGUGAGCAACAACUGCCAGAUCUUCCACAUCUGUCUGCCCAUUGAGGACGAUGCCGGCGCCAUCCUGGAGACCGCUCAGUGGUCAUUCAUCUGCGGCAACGGCACCGUGUUCGACCAACAAACCCUCACUUGCAACCACGAAGAGGACUCUUUCCCUUGCGCCGAAUCCGAAUCGCUGUACGGAGUCGUGGAGUUCGGCAAGAUCGAACCCGAUUAUUAGUCACUGUAUUGCUUAUUUAUAAACUGUUCCAUAUCUGGAAGAAAAACUUAUUCUAUAAUAUAAGUGCAAUAAACCUU